AUGAAGGUUGACUUGAGGGAAUAAUCGUUUAUAAAUAUUAGAAUCAGAAACACUUCACUCUAUGGAGCAAAUUUAGUGAGAUGUGACUUAAGUGGAUCUGAAGUUGACAAUGUAAUUAUUAGUGGAAUGAAUUUGAAUGGAGCCAAAUUAUAUAAUUGUAAAUGGAGGAAUUUAGGUUUACAUGAGGGUAUUGAGUUAAAUGGCCAUGAGGGUAAAAUAAAUUAAGUUUGCUUUUCUUCGAAUGGUAGGUCAUUAGCUUCUUGUAGUGAUGAUACUACUAUUAGGUUAUGGGAUGUAAAAACAGGAAAAAUAAGGGCUGUAUUAAAAGGAGAAAGUGAGGUAAAAUCUGUAUGUUUCUCGCCUAAUGAUACUAUACUAGCUACUUAGCGUGGCAAAUUUGUGUAUUUAAGGAAUCUUAAAACAGAAAAAUAUAUAUGGAAGUUAGAUGGUCAUUCAAGUAAAAAAUUUUCAGUUUGUUUCUCUUCUGAUAGUACUACAUUAGCAUUUGGUAAUGAUGAUAACUCCAUCUGUUUAUGGGAUGUUAAGACAGCAUAAUAAAAAGCCAAAUUAGAUGGUCAUAAAGAUUAGGUUAAUUAAUUCUGUUUCUCUCCUGAUGGUACUAUCUUAGCAUCUGGUAGUGAUGAUAAGUCUAUCUGUUUAUGGAAUGUAAAGACAGGAUAAUAAAAAGCCAAAUUAGAUGGUCAUUCAAGUAAAGUUUAUUCAGUCUGUUACUCUCCUGAUGGUACUACAUUAGCAUCUGGUAGUGCAGAUGAGUCUAUCUGUUUAUGGGAUGUUAAGACAGGAUAAUAAAAAGCCAAAUUAGAUGGUCAUUCAAAUGCAGUUAAUUCAAUUUGUUACUCUCCUGAUGGUACUACAUUAGCAUCUGGUAGUUGGGAUCACUCUAUCCGUUUAUGGGAUGUUAAGACAGGAAAAAAAAAAGCCAAAUUUUAUGAUCAACUCAUUAAUUUAGUUAUAUCAAUCUGUUUUUCUCCUAAUGGUACUACAUUAGUAUCUUGUGGUGACUCACACUUUAAAAAUCGUAACUCUAUCCGUUUAUGGGAUGUUAAGACAGGAGAAUAAAAAGCCAAAUUAGAUGGCCAUUCAGGUGGAAUUCUAUCAGUCUGUUUCUCUCCUGAUGGCACUACAUUAGCAUCCUGUAGUGAUGAUUAGUCUGUUCGUUUAUGGGAUGCUUAGACAGGAUAGUAAAAAGCAAAAUUAGAUGGUCAUACUAAUGAUGUUUAUUCAGUCUGUUUCUCUCCUGAUGGUACGAAAUUAGCAUCUAGCAGUAGGGAUGAAUCUAUCAGUUUAUGGAACUUUGAGACAGGAUAACCUAUAGCCGCAUUGUUUGGCCAUUGGAAGAGAAUUCCAUCAAUCUGUUUCUCUCCUGAUGGUACUACAUUAGCAUCGGGUAGUUAUAAAGAAAUCUUUUUAUGGGAUGUUAAGACCUUAAAAACAAAAGCCAAAUUAGGUGGUCAUUUAAAUGGAAUUCUAUCAGUCUGUUUCUCUCCUGAUGGUACUUCAUUAGCAUCUGGUAGCUUAAAUAAGUCUAUCUGUUUAUGGAAUGUUAAGACAGGAUAAUAAAAAGCCAGGUUAGAUGGACAUAUAGAUUAGGUUAAUUAAGUCUGUUUCUCUCCUGAUGGUACUACAUUAGCAUCUGGUAGUAAUGAUAAGUCUCUUCGUUUAUGGGAUGUUAAGACAAGAUAAUAAAAAGCCAAAUUAGAUGGUCAUUCUGAUACAGUUAAUUCAAUUUGUUACUCUCCUGAUGGUACUACAUUAUCAUCUGGUAGUGCUGAUAACUCUAUCCGUUUAUGGGAUGUUAAGACUGGAUAAUAAAAAGCCAAAUUAGAUGGUCAUUCUGGAGCAGUUGCAUCGGUCUGUUUCUCUCCUGAUGGUAUUAAAUUAGCAUCUUGCGGUGAGGAUUCCUCUAUUCGUUUAUGGGAUUUUAAGACAGGACAACAAUUUCUACCUUCAGACAAUAGCUCCAAAGAAAUCUUGUCAUAAUUUAAAUUCCCCAUCUUUUCAAAUAACAAUCUUUCAAAGAGUGGUAAUUAUUUUUACUAAUGUUUAGCUUCUUCUAAUAUAACUAUUCUACGAAUUUCUUAACAUCUCAAUUUAGAAGCUUAAGGAGCUUUAAUCCUGAAAGGAGAAUUUAUCAAUUUUUAAGGAGUAGAUUUAAAAUCAUUAUUAAAAUUAAAAGGAAGUUACAUUUUAGAAAGCUAAAUUGAAAUUGAAUAGAAAUAACCAUAAAAUUGA